CCAUAGCACAAACACUAACAUCAAAUUAAAGAUAUUAAGACAUGGAAACUCGUAGUUGCAUUCUCCUAUCUGCUUUUCUCAUCCCUUUCCUUCUUGGAACAGCUUGUGCUCAACUUAGGACAGACUUCUACAAAGGCACGUGUCCAAAUCUUGAGUCCAUAGUCUCUUCUGCUGUCAAAACCAAGUUCCAGCAGACUUUUGUAACUGCUCCAGCCACUUUGAGGCUCUUCUUCCACGACUGCUUUGUUCGGGGUUGUGAUGCUUCAGUGUUGAUUCAGUCACCAACUAAUCAGGGGGAGAAGGAUCACCCCGAUAACCUUUCGCUUGCUGGAGAUGGAUUUGACACUGUGAUCAAAGCCAAGGCAGCGGUUGAUGGCGAUCCUAACUGCAAAAACAAGGUUUCAUGUGCAGAUAUUCUUGCUCUGGCUACUAGAGAUGUUGUACAGCUGGCUGGGGGACCAUCUUAUACAGUUGAACUGGGUAGGCGAGAUGGAAGGGUAUCUACUAUGGCUAGUGUUCAGAGACGCCUUCCUUCCCCUACUUUCAAUCUAGACCAGCUUAACACCAUGUUUACCUCUCAUGGUCUCUCCCAGACUGACAUGGUUGCAUUAUCAGGUGCGCACACACUUGGUUUCUCUCAUUGCAGCCGGUUUUCCAAGAGAAUCUACAGCUUCAGCAGCAAAACCCGUAUUGAUCCGACACUCGAUCCAGCUUAUGCAUUGCAGCUUCGACAGAUGUGUCCAACUCGAGUGGAUCCCAGAAUUGCCAUUAACAUGGACCCAACCACACCUCGAGCAUUUGACAAUGUUUACUUCCAGAAUCUUCAGCAAGGAAAGGGUCUGUUCACCUCUGAUCAGAUACUGUUUACAGAUACAAGAACAAGGGCAACCGUCAACCAAUUUGCAUCAAGUAAUGCAGCUUUUAAUCAAGCUUUUAUACAAGCCAUGACUAAGUUAGGCAGAAUUGGGGUUCUGACGGGCAAUCAAGGCGAGAUUCGGCGAGACUGCACUCGCCCAAACUAGAAUGGAUUAAACUGGAUAGAUUCAACUGGAUAAUCUCUCGAAAAACUAUUUUUAUAUUGAUUGAAUUUUUUUUUUUUUUUUGGUUAUUAUGGGAGUGUAAAACUUCGUUAUGCAUAGUCACAAUGUUUGAGUGUGAGAGUAACUCAUCAGCUUCAGGAUACAAUUAGCAGUUAGUUGGCAGAGGGAAAUGUAUCACUGUUUUUAUUUCGUAGAAAAGCUCUGCUUGAUUAGCUGUGCAAGGAAUCUUCAAGUUGCUGGAAUAAUGCAUUUUUAGCAGUUAAUUUAUAUGAAAUACUUGAAGAUGGAAAAAAAAAAAAUAACUUUAUUUGGUACCA